GGUACUGCUACUUAUUUAAGACUUCAUUCAGAUGUCUAAUGGGUUUGUCCGACAGUCGGCUGAAUCUGAUUGUGACUGGGAGGUUCAUGAUCCUUUUAAAAAUUUUAAGUUCACAUGGUACUUAAAGGAAGAAGUUGUUCAGUCGAUCCGGAAAAAACAGGAUGAAGAUGGUACAAACAAACAAGGUCCUUUUACGAAUCGGGCUUAUACAUUUAUCACAGUGCCUCAAUACUUGGAAUCGUUUAUGCUCUAUGGACUACUACAAUGUUUGGAUCAUUUAUUAAUUGUGUACACAUUUCUUCCAUUACGUUGUUUUCUAACUGUUUUAAACUUAUUAAUGAGGAUAGGUAGCCGAAUAUUUCAGUUUUGUACACAUUUGGAUCUAGAUCAUGAAAUACGUUGUUCAAAAUCUUCACCAAUCAGUCUACUGUACAAUUAUGAACUACGUGAUCUGGUCAAAUUUUCGCUGUUAUGCAUAUGUACUGUUAUCUUGACAAAGUAUGACAGUUCGGUAGCUUACCAUGAGAUUCGAACACAAUCAGUUAUCAAAAUUUAUAUCUUUUUCAACUUAUUGGAGGUUGCUGACCGUUUAUUGUCUGCUGUUUGUCAGGAUGCUCUGGAUGAUUUAUUAUAUACAGUCAGUAAACCAAGAUCCGAUAUGACAUCAUCGAGUGAUUCCGUAGAAAGUGGUUUUAUUUUCUUACGAGAUAUUGUCUUACAGUACUGUUUCGCUUUCGUAUGUUUAAUCGGUCAUUGCUUUUGUCUCUUAUGCCAAGUUACUACUUUAAAUGUAGCUUUCAAUUCACAGAAUAAAUCGUUAGUCACUGUGUUUAUUUCAAAUAAUUUUGUCGAAUUGAAAGGAAAUGUAUUUCGUAAAAUGGGAAAAACAAAUUUAUUUCAAAUUGCUUGUGCUGAUGUACGUGAACGGUUUCAUUAUUGCGUUUGGCUAUUUAUUAUUGUGGGCCGUAAUAUGAAUGAAAAUGGAUGGAAUCUGGAUGAUCUUCAAACAAUUCUCAUUGAUGUAGCUUGUAUUCUUCUGGCUGAAGUUGCUGUUGAUUGGGUUAAACAUUCUUUCAUUACUAAAUUCAAUGUGAUCCCUUCAAAUGUAUAUGAAGAAUACACUGUCAGCAUUGCCUAUGACUUAUUAUUGUGCCGACAAGGCAAAAAUACAUCAGAUCACUUUGACCUUCUUUCACGUCGUAUGGGCCUAACUCCAAUUCCUCUUAGUUGUUUGAUCAAUGCUAUGCUCUUUCAGACAAUAAGAAAUCCAAGUACCCUUUGUCUAACUCUACCAUUUGUAGUAUCUAUCUUAUUUGUGGUUAAAGUUGCAACGAACCUUACUCUUAUGUCUAUGGCUUACUCUCAUGUACGUGAGUAUAUAAACGCUGCCAGUAAUAGUCAACCGGAGGAAAACUUCACGCCAAAUGGUAACAGACCCGAAAAAAGUGUUGAAGAUAUUCAUAGAGCUUCAGAAAAAGAAAACAUUAAACAGCCUCAGCAAAUUUGCCAGCCAGGAAAAGAACGAAAGAUAUCAUCACGAAAGCCUCCUCUCGGUUAUACAGGCUACGACCAACCGACCAGAGAUGAAGAAUACUUUCUGCCGAUGGGUCUUAGACAUCGACGAAUUCGAAGUGAUUCAGGUCCAGUAGAUGUAGUCGCAAAUUUGGGUGCAGUUUAUUCAUUUGCUUCUGAAGAGACAUCAGAAUAUGCUGGUAGCAAGUUUCGAAUGUCAAGUCCGAUCUCUGCAGGUAUUAUCGCAAAUGAACUGAUUGAACCAUAUCAUUCAAUUAUGGCCUCUGCAACUGGCACACCUAAAAGUUUAUACGAUUUUAAUGAGUUAGCUCCCUUAACACCUAUUAAUCGAAUUGAUUCAGUGCAUCGAUUAUUGAAUUCUGGGAGUAUGAAAUCAGAAGUCGAAUGUGAACGCAGUUUUUAUGGAUCAGCUUUGCUCCAAACUGAGGAAAAACCACUUAUCACCACAUGCAUGAACUCAUCAGCCACAACGUUACGUCCGGAAAAGUCAGAAAUACACAACAGAUAUGAUUUGACGAACAUUUUAUGUUCUGAAGUAAACAGUAAUAAAGACGACUCAUUCACAACAGUGUUAAGACCCCCAAGAGUUCGUGCCUUGAUUAGACCAAGGUACUACAGUAUUGACUUAGGCAUUCUAAGCAGUUUCAUGAAAUGCAUGGAAAGCAAUACACACACCGCAGAUGACAUACCAGUUGUCCUAGAAAAUGUCCCACAAGAUGAGUCGAAUUCUACAUAUAGUUCCAGUCUUAUACACAAACGCCGUGUACGUACGAUAACUGAAGGAUCAAGUACUGCACCCGCACCUCCCAUGGAUCCUACAAUACCUAUUCUUUGGGAAAGAAGCAGUCGCAAUAGUACUGUCAAUCAGUUUGGUCUAGAACAACUCAAACCAACAACUCCUGGACGUGUAAAGCAACCGCUUUCCGAUAUUGACCGUUAUUCGAUGGUCGAAGGACAAAUCAGUUAAUUCAUAUCGCAUGAUGUGCGUGUAUAUUUCCUCUUUGUAUAUUUUGUAAAACCGAAGAAUUGAAAUCCUUUUUGGAAAACACAGAGUUUUCACUUAUUGUUUUUGGCGUAUGAGGCCGAAGACAGGAAGCUAGGUUAUACGAUUAAAUGUCAGGAUUAAAUUUUCAUUUUAUAGUUGUUAUCUUGCUGCUAAAGCACCAGAUAUGUAUACUUAAAGUUUACCUCAAAAUCCAGGCUUCGGUAAAAUAAACAGUAACUGUUUCCCAAGGAGGGAAUAUUUAAACGCACCGAUUCUUUAGCGUACGUCUUGAAAAUACCAUCAAACAAUUAAAUUUUACCUUUAAAAAGUAAAUUCAAAUAUUAUCAUUGAAACCUUAUGAGAUUUCUAUAUCGAAUGUAUUUCUCAAUCAUUA